AUAGUCACUUUUAAAAAUAGUUAAUAUAACUGGAAAUAACUAUUGAUAUUAAUUUUAUUUUUCUAAAUUCUAGACAAAAUAUAAUUGUGAACGAUUGUGCAGUAUUAAUUUCAAUUUCUAAAACCCCAAAAAAUGUAAAAGAAUAUUUGAUAGCUGUUUUUUAAAAAAAAAAAAAAUCCUAAACAACAGACACUUGCAUCAUAUUUUUUUCGUAACCAAAAAGAAUUAUAAAAAGUUAUUCGGUAAUAUUUUUUAAGAGAAAAUUUGAUGAUGAACAUGAUACUAAUUUUUUAAUUAACAAAAUAAGUAUAAAAAUAGUACUGAUACGAAUUUCAAAAAUUGUAUAAUUUAAUUAUAACUAAAAAUAAAUAUUUGAUAGUAAUUUAAUUUUCCUGAAUUUCUAAACAAAGAAAAUUGUAAUAGAGCAUACGAUAGUAAUUUUCCUUUUCUGAAAGCAAACUACAAAAGAAGAGUAGUUUUCCUUUAUUAAGAUCCUAAACAAAUAAUGUGAAAGAGUAUUUGAUUUUUUUUUUUGAACUUUUAAAUAAAAUGGAUAUUUAUAAAAUAUAAUUUUUCUUUUCUUUUUUAAAUUUGGAAAAAAAAAUUAAAAAACUUAUUUAACUGUAGUUUUUUUUAAAAACAAUUAUGACAAGUAUGAUACUAAAACUAUUUAACUAACAAAAAUAAAAAGUGAUCUUUAUAUGUGUUUUGUCAACAGUAAAUAAAGUUUCACCAUCAUCUUAUUACAAUUUUUUUGAUUUUUACUAUAUAUAUUUUACUAACUAAUUUUUAAUUAAAAUGUUAUUAUGAAAAUAUAUCAUUAGGAAAAAUGAAUUAAGAAAAUUAUUUAAUAUCAGAUAAGUUUCAUUAAAAAUUAUAUUAGUACAUAAGAAAGUUAUAGUGUUGUCGUUUAUUUGAUUGGCUUUAUUUAGCUUCCAAAUUUUGUUUUAAUUUUAGUUUUUACUUCGGAUUCGGUUCGGUUCAAAAUUUUUAAUACGGAUAUUUUAUCUAGUCUUAAAUACAAAAUUGAUAACAAUUUACCUAUGCACUAUAUAAAAUAUAAAUAUUAACUAGAACUUAUAUGUGAAAGCGAAUUUUUAAUUUUAAAACAAAUCUCACACAAUAUAUGUAAAAACAGUUUUAAAACUAUAAUAAAAUAGUUGGUUCUUUUUUUUUAUUAAAUUACAACCAAAAUCCGUUGUAAUAUCUAAGUAUAGUUAAUAAACUAUAAUUAAGAAAAAAACUAUAAUUUUUUUUUGGAAAAGAAAAGAGUUUAAAGGAUUAAAAGGCCCAAGUAGAUGUUUCAAUGUUUGAUAAAAAAAAUGUUUCAAUGUACAGAGAGUCACGCCGUGACCUAUACAGUUAUUUUCUAUGGUAUUGUUACAAUAUUAUUCUUUUUCGUAUUAUAUUAAAACAUAGAGAAUCUUACUGCUAACCAAAAUUAUGUCUCAAAUAAAUGAUGAUUCUGCAUGCAUAGCUAUUUUUAGAGGAAAAGUUGAAUAAAUUGAUAGUAAACUAACUAUAUGGACAAACAAAAACCCCAGUGGAAAAAUCAGAAGGGAAUAGUAGACUUUUUCUCUCUUCUCUUUCUGAGAUUUUGAGAGUUUGAAAGUCGCGGUGGUUCUCCUCCGAGCAGAGAUUACCGAUUCUUGUACACAGUGUUCCUUUCGACAGAGUGUAGCCAGCUUUGUUUCUGGUGGUUUGCGUUUUUUUUGGCGGAACUAUCCGGCGGUUUAUCUUUCUUUGUGGCGAUAAUCUUUGAUGGUGUUGUUGCGCUAUGUCUCGAGUCGUUUCAUUCGCCUGCAGUGGAGAUCAGAUAAUUGGGUUGUUGUAGUUGGGUCCCCUCGGAAGUAAUCGAGGUAUGUGUCGGUUUGUGGUGAUUGUGGACCUCAGCAUGGAUGAGAUCUCGAUCUUGUUUCGAUUGAUCUCUCUAACGCGUACGAUUGAAGAAGCUGUUCCCAAUAACCUUCCAAUACAGUUGUUGGAGGUGGUUACAGUGAUUCUGUUAAGGUCCAGGGUGAAUUCGGUGUCGUCGUUAUGAUCCCGGCGUGUUCCAGCAAAACUCGCAGUUGUUUUCCAUCUUCGCCGAUGUUAGCCUUGCGUUUGAGUUGCGUUCGGUGCCGGUGUCUGGUUGUAUGACGUGUGUCUCGUCUUGGUGUUUCGGGUGGUGUUUCGGGUUGACACGUGUCUUCUCAUUUUGUUAAAUGCAACACGCGUUUUUUUUGGCAUGUUUUUCUUGUCGGUUUGUCUGACUUUGUUGUUUGGGCGUGAAGCCGUUUGUGGUUUGUCUUUAGUUAGGUCAGUUGGUUUAGAUUCAUAGGGAUUGGGUCAUGAUGUAUAGUUUUUUUUUUGGUUUUUGGACUUGGUCCGUUUAAUAAAAUAAAAUAUAGGUGCAAAGAAAAAAAAAUAUGGACAAACAAAAACUACAGUAGCGAAACGAACUAUCAGAAUGAUAUUUUUGUAUAGUGAUGAAGAAAAAGACAAAAAAUGGAAGGAAUAAAUAAUAAAGUUUAGUGGGACGGCGGGUGCAUAGUUUGAGAGUGUGUCAGACUUGAGCCAAACUAUUUUCUCUCUCUCUCAUACGAAGAAUCCAUCAAACUCUCAGGCCAACACUUCGUGAGAAAUUAAAUAAAAAUAUUUUAAUAUUCUCUUUUUUCGUCUUCUUCUUGCUUUAAAAAAAACCAGCUUUACCUUUCCCCACACACUUCUCUUUUAUCUCUCUCUACUACUGUUUCUCUCAUUAGCUAUUUGCAGGGUUUUUCUUCUUCAGUGUUUUUGAUCAGCUUGAAAAUAUCUUAGCCAUGGACACAGCUAAAUGGCCUCAGGAAUUUAUUGUGAAGCCAAUGAACGAGACAUGCUUGAAACAGCCGAAUCCUGCUGCUGCUGCUCCAGUGGAGGAGAAGAAGGCAAGACCGGAGAAAGAUCAUGCUUUGAACUGUCCAAGAUGCAACUCCCUUAACACCAAGUUCUGUUACUACAACAACUACAGCCUCACUCAGCCCAGGUACUUCUGUAAAGACUGCAAGAGAUACUGGACCCAAGGUGGCUCCCUCAGGAACAUCCCCAUCGGCGGUGGCCUCCGGAAGAACAAGAGACCGUCCUCUUCCUCUUCCUCUUCUUCCAAUUCCAAUUCCUCUUCCUCUUCAAAGAAAACUCUUUCUGUCAACAACAAAACGCCACCACCACCAGUUCAACAGCUAAACCUUACGAGUGUUGAGAAUGACCACGAGGCUAAAGCGUAUUCUCAUGGUUUUGGUAACGCCCACGAGGCCAAAGAUCUCAGCUCGGCGUUUUCUCAAGGGUUUGGGAUUGGUCAUCAUCAUCAAAGUAUUCCCGAGUUUCUACAAGUAGUGCCCAGCAGUAUGAAGAGCCACGCACUUGUAUCAACCUCGUCGGCUUUGGAGCUUUUAGGGAUCUCCAAUUCCUCAACCACCUCCUCUAACUCACGCCCUGCUUUCGUGACUUAUCCUAACGUUCAUGAUUCGUCGGUGUACGCAGCAGCAUCACCUGGGUUUGGUAUGAGUUUCCCACAGUUUCAAGAGUUCAUGAGACCACCUUUGGGGUUCCCUCUUGAUGGUGGGGAUCCUCUACGUCAACAAGAGGGGUCCAGUGGCACUGACAUUGGAAGGCCUUUGCUGCCUUUUGAGAGCCUGAAACUUCCCGUCUCAUCAUCAAGCACCAAUAGUGGUGGUGGUGGCAAUGGGAAUGAUCAUAAGCGUGAGAAAGAAGAAGGAGAAGCUGACAACUCUGUUGGGUUUUGGAAUGGCAUGUUAAGUGCUGGUGACUCGGCUGCCUCUGCUGGUGGACCAUGGCAAUAAUUAUAGUAAAGGAGAGUUUCUAAGAAGAAAAAAAAAAAAAAAGAGAAGCGUUUAAAUUUUUCAUCCAAAUUUUAGAAGAUGAAGGUUAACUAACUACCAUCUGUGGUGUUUACUAUCUUUAACUUUGUUGGGUUGGGGAUGGAUGUCUUUGUAUUAUUAAUAUUAUAUUAUCAAACCCCAGUUAUCUAAAAAAUUAUGGAUUAUGUUUGUUUUAGUGCCCAAUGGUUUAGUACAUCUCAAGCGAAAUAACUGUAGUGUAAUUAAAGACUGUUGUACCA